GGUGGUAAUCCGGAGCUGCUGCGUCAUAAAAUACGUCGUAGUCUCGGAGAUGGAUUUGCAGAGGGAGUAACGCAGACAUUACAGGACAUAGAGUACGAGGCGAUCAGCGUUUACUGGGGCUUGCAGAGCGGGGAGUUUUCUUUGUGAUGGAAGACAAAGGGAGGGAAGAUAAGAGCAGCCUGUUCCAUUGAGAACUUUAUUGUUUCCCCGGAUUUCCAGGUUUAGGCUCGGAGUCCGCACCCAUUGCUGCCUGAACACGGUGUGUAUGUGUUGGGGAGGAGAGUGAGUGGAUCUGAGACCAGAGGCUGCACUCAGAAGAUCGAUGUUUCCUCACUUGCAGGCGACUUUAGCAUUGCGGGUCGAGCGAAAUUGUCGACAACGGCGAGACUUAUGCCGAUCCAAACCACCAAGGUGGCAGAUGAAGGCACUGCGAACUCAGCGAGGGAGAGGGACGAGUGCAGAACCCUGGUAGACUCGCUGAAUAAAGUGACGGGAUGCUACAGGCACCUGGCCAUGGGGCUAGGGGGCUCGGCGGACUGCGGCAACCUGAGGGAUGAGCUCAGGUGGACGAGGGAGAAGACCCAGGACCUGGCCGGACUCAUCCGUAACAAACUGACGGCGGUGCUACGGGACAAGAAGCUGAGCAAGGAGGAGCGAACCGAGAUGGAGCGACUCUGGGUCAUCUUCUCCUCCAACCUGGAGACCUUUCAGAUGGAUAUGUGUAAAGUGUUAGAGCUGGGCCAGACCUUCCCUCUCUCGGCAACAGAGAAGCCCUUGAUCCAAACCGGGAUGGCUGGAGGAACCUCGGAGGUGGCAGCCCGGGCUCUGAGUGUCCAGAACAUAGUCCACGACCCAGCACUGAACGUGGAGAGGCUGGAGCUGGAAGAGCUGGAGGAGCAGAUCGAGAAGGUGGACAAAAUGUUGGAGAACAUGGAGAUGAAAGUUAACGUCCUGAGGUGGACGGUUGAAGCCAAAGGAGACACGUACCAUUCCGUGCUCAGCUCCGACGCCUCCAUGAUGGCCCUGCUGUCGGAGGAGGAGGAGAUGCGGCACAACAACCGGUGCUGUGACCGCGAGAAAUGUCUUAUGUCCGUGCUGUUCUGCAUGGUAGCUCUGAUAGCCGUGGUAUUGUCAGUCUGUGUUGCGAACCUUUCGUGACCGAUGCGCCCACCGACAUCCGCGGAAUUUAGCGGGGCUGAUUGACUUUGCAUUUCCCUGUGCACACAUGAAGGAGAAGCAGACCCCGAAUUCUUUUUCGAAGCCCUGCAUAGACAUGGCAAGCAUUUUUUUUUGUGGGGGAAACGUUUUCUUAAUCUGUAUGCCAAACAAAAACAAAACUGUGCGCUGUGUAGGACUUUAGCAGCUGUAAUUGGUUUUCGUUUUGUACAACGUCUGAAAGUAAUGUGAUUACAUUUCAUUGACAACCGAGCUCAAUUAAAAAUCAUGAAGGGUAAAAACAAUGACACUUUUCUAGGCUUUCGAGAAACAGUGGAAAAUAAAGCUUUAAAAAGACUGGGGAAAUAUGGACUUUUUAAAAAAAUGUCACUCAGUUGUUCACAUAGGAAGAGAUUAAUGAUUAAAAUGAAUUUACACGCUGAAGAACUGUUCGAUAUAUCUCACUUUAAAAGGUCAGACAGAUUUUGUUUGUGAUUAUUUUUGAUUACAAGCUGCUGUAGCUAAUUAAGCUUUUUUGUAACAAUUACUGUUUUAAAGUAAAACUUCAAGUAUGGAAGGUGGAAAUUUAGAACACUAACCCUACUUAGCAGAUAACAGGGAUUAAGGACAGUUUACUUUAAAGAACUAGACUGCAUUAAUUCAGCAUGGGUUUUAAAACCAUUAAAAAUAUCCUUGAGAUUGACUAUGACUAAAGGAAUGAUGCUGUAUUAAAUCCUAAACAUUUAGUGACAUUUUAUUAUGUUUUAUAAAAAAAUACAAGUCGUCAUGAUCUGAAAUGUGCUGCCCAAAAGGAUGAAAGCAGAUUCAAUAGAAACUUUCAAAAGUUGAUCAGCUGUAUAAUGGAAAAAUAGAUAUUUGCAGUAUGCUGACUGAAGAGUGGGAGAUUGGAAUAAUUAGAUAGAUCGCUUCAAGAGGUGGUGCAGGUAUGACGUCCCUUCUUCUGAGCUGUAAGAUUAUAUGUUUCUCCGAUGAAGAGAGGGAACUUCUCAGUCCAUAACAUCCAUUAGCUUAAUGAGCAAACAAAUUGUGUACUAUGAUACUCACCAUCGCAAACAAUGAAAGUAUAGUUCUGGAGAGAAACUAAACAAUCAACACUCACAACAGUUACAUGUGAUGGGAUUACAUAUUGGGAAUCCAGAUACAGAAAUCAAUGGACCUAGCUGUAUUAGCUGCCACCAGCAGCUCCUCGUGAGUAAACUGAGCAGCAUCCCUGCCUGUCCUGCAGGAGACUAGGGUUCAAUUCCUUGACAGGGAUUGACUGAUAUCUCUGAGAUGGGCCAUAUGAAAGUUAAGGAAUGUUUUAUCGGAUAAAUAUGAAAUACACUGUGACUGGUAGGACCCAAGAAAGCAUCAAGUAUCAGCGGGGCCUUGGUGUUAAUGUACACAGUCCCUUAACUUAUCAGGACAAGUGGGUAAAGUGGUUGAGAAGGCAUAUGUUAUACUUAUCUUUAUCAGUUGAGACAUUGAGAGGGAUGUGCUAGCACUGGAGAAAGUGCAGAGGAGAUUUAUCAGGAUACUGCCUGAAUUGGAGUUUCAGUUAUGAAGGAAGAUUGGACAGAUGGGUGUUGUUUUCCUUAAAGCAGAUGAGAUUGAGAUGUACAAAAUUAAGAGGGGGGUAUGACCAUGAGGUAGGAUCGACAGGGAUAAACAUUUCCCUUUGAUGAAAGAAUCAAUGACCAGACGACACAGAUUUAAGGUAAGGUGCAGAGGUUUAGAGGAGAUGUGAAGAAAAAAACUUUUACACCCAAAGGGUGGUGGGAUUCUGGAACUCAUUGCAUCUAAAAGUGGUAGAGGCAGAAAGCCCCAUCAUGUUUAAGGAGUCUUGAGACAUUUGAGCUGCCAAGGCUAUGGGCCAAGCACUGAAAAAUGAAUUUAGAAUAAUUCGGUGGUUGCUUUUGACCAUGAUGAAUGCAGUGGGUUGAAGGAAUUUUUUUCUACGGAUCUCUUAUGAACUUAGCACAUAAACCAUGAGUGCAAAAUUGUCAAAGCAUAUUUGUGUAACACAAAGCUGGCACGCAAAAUCAAAAAUAGUACCUUUGGUGGCGACCCCGAUCUCUGUGGUUGUGGAGGGCAAUAUUCUUUGUUUCUGUGAUUUCGAGUAACGCACAAGAAAAUAAAGUGUGCUUCUGAUCUGCUUGAAUUGUACCUGUAGGAAAACCUAGUGAUUGACAGGAUCAAGCAAACCUGUGAUCCCUAAAAUGGCUUAAUAGCCUUCCAAAACAUACUGUCAGUGUUUACAUUCGAAAGAUAGAUACCUGAGCAAGAUAUCAGCUUGCUGUUGAUGCCUGUGGAGCUGUAUCACGGCAUAAGUCAAAACUGUAAGAGGAAAUUAACUUUGUUAAGUUGAAGUAAAACAAUAUUUAGAACUUGAUCAUUAAAGCUCCUGCUGCUUUGUUUAUUUGAGGAUUUACUACAAAGUUAUACUACCACUUGCAUGUCAAUCUUACACAUCAAAUUGGCUUGCAGUAGCUACAGUCAAUAAUAGCCAAAUCAGGAGUUUAGUUAUUAUUCAAAUCUACCACUUCUAGAAGCAGGGCUGAUAUACUUUAAGUAUGCUAUUGAAUAUGAUACUGUAUGCAAGUAGCAUCAACAUUAGGAAAAGAAUAAAUUAAACAUUUUGGAAGUAGUACAAUGCUUGAUACACAAAGGUGUAUCAAGGGCAGCACAGUGGCUCAGUGAUUAGCACUGUUGCCUCACAGCACCUGGGUUCGAUUCCACCCUCAGGCGACUGACUGUGUGGAGUUUUCACAUUCUCCCUGUGUCUGUGUGGGUUUCCACCAGGUGUUCUGGUUUCCUCCCACAGUCCAAAGAUGUGCAGGCUAGGGGGAUUGGCCAUGCUAAAUUGCCCGAAGUGUUCCAGGAUGUGUAGAUCAGGUAGGUUACAGGGGGAUGGGUCUGGGUAGGAUGCUUUGAGGUUCUGUGUGGAUUUGUUGAGCCAAAUGACCUGUUUACACACCGAAGGGAUUCAAUGAAAAAGGUGCUUUCUUUAAUCAAAUAUCAAAACUACUGACUAUAGAGGGUUAGCAAAGGGCACAGAUUUUGUUAUUAAAUGAGCAUUCCAUUUGAAGAGAUGAAUCACUUUGAAGUGUUCAAGAUGUAAAACAUAAAAAUGUAAAUCAAACAUUCCAUCAUUGCCACAAAGUUGUAAUAAAUAGUAACUUUAAACGAGCAGCAGCAAGAAAUGAAUUAAAUAAAGGUUCUAAUCCAGAAAACACCUAACAGAGCAGUAAAUGUUCUCCAAAAGAAAAGUAAACACAAUAGCAGCUACAGUAAG